GUUGACCUAUUCUGACAUCCAACCUUGACGGUUAUUUGAAAUUUCGGGGAAUGAGUCUUUGGGUUGACAAAUAUACUCCUACUUCAUUGGGGAAGUUAGAUUACCACAAAAGACAAGCCAAAAAUUUGAAAAAAUUAGUUGAUAGCAACAAUUUUCCUCACUUGCUAGUGUAUGGACCUUCUGGUGCAGGGAAGCGAACUAGAAUCAUGUGUAUUCUUCGUGAGCUGUAUGGAUCAGGCGUUGAUCGACUAAGAAUGGAACACCAUACCUUCACAAAUCCUUCAAACAAGAAAGUCAGCUUAUCCACAGUUUCGAGUAACUUUCAUUUGGAAGUAAAUCCUAGCGAUGUUGGAAUUUACGACCGAAUCGUCAUUCAAGAGUUAAUCAAAAGUAUGGCAUCAACAGCUCAGCUUGACAGUGGGCAACAGAAAGAUUUCAAAGUAGUAGUUCUGCACGAAGCGGACCAUUUAACACGUGAUGCACAACAUGCUUUGCGUAGAACUAUGGAAAAGUACAUAUCCACUUGCCGUCUAAUAUUGUCAGCGGAAUCUACCAGUAAGAUCAUUUCUGCUACUCGUUCAAGAUGUCUACCAAUAAGAGUUUCUGCCCCAUCUAUCGAUGAAAUUGUUGAAAUCUUGAAAAAUACCGCUCGCCGAGAAGGCCAUUCAAUGCCGGUUGAACUAGCUAAGCGUAUCGCGUUAGCAUCCGAACGGAACCUACGUAGAGCUCUUUUGUAUGCUGAGGUAGCUAGGUGGCAGCAUUGCCCCAUGCUUCCAGACCAGAGUGUGCAGUUACCUGACUGGCAAGUCUUUCUUACCGAGACAGCAUCAGCUAUUUUGGCGGAACAAAGUCCGAAGAAGUAAGUGCUGUAUAUUUAUACAUAGGCCUUAUUCAAAUCAAGUUUAUGUCGCUGUCGGUUGCUGGCAAUACACGGCUACAUUAUAAAUCCGUUUCUUUAUACCUUGAUUUAUGCUUAACGUAUUUCAAAAUACUGAUCUGUGUAUUUCAUAUUAUCCAAUCAAUGAAGUCGCAUCGCGUUAGGAAACACCUUGUUUCCAUAGUGCCAUUUCGUAAAUUGAUUGAAUUUCCAUUUCGUUCAACGAUUACGAGCACUAACAAACUGCUUUACUUUGAGACCUUCCUAUGUAGAAAUUAUCAACACCACAGAAGACUGGGUUGUACGAUGAAUUUAAUUACUGAACAAUAUCUCUUAUUACAUGUCAGCAUGUCAGUAAAACUUAUAAAUGUGUGUAUUGUGUUUCCACUAAAUCCAAUCAGCAUCACUGUUAAUCAAAAGUAUUUAGUUAUGGCUAAAAGGGAGUCACAAGAGAACAAUUCCCUCUUAAAUAAUUAGAUCAAGAUGCAACUGAAAACAAACUACAAUUUUGUAACCUACAGACGUUUCCUAUGAAACAAAUCAUUCUGAUGUUUGAAAAAGUACUUUUUUAUUUGAAGUAUUCACUCGUAAUCCAAAUUCCACUGGGAACUUGUUAAGCAGAAGUCAAACAAUUGGAAUCGUCAGAAGUGCCUGGUUCAUGGACAUUUUUCUUCACUUUUUUAAACCUCUUUUAUCCUUUUUGAUUUAUUGCAGCGAACUCAGAGCUCAGUGUCUGUGUUUAAAAUAUAAAGUCUUAAAAAGUUAGAGUAGGUUGCAUUCCAGAAUUUAGAAUAGAUCCAUCCCUAGUUUACUCAUUGUCCGCAAUCAUUUGGAGUUGUUUAGAAAAAUAAUGUUGAGUGAUAUUUUUUAGAUUAGCAUUCUGUAGUAGCUUUGUACUGUUAGGAACAGUCAGAGAAACUUGGGAAAUUGUUUUCGAGGAAAUUAGUUUGCUUAUUUUUGUUGCUUAUUUAUCGGACAGCUGAUCCAUGGUGUUUUUAUUUAGCUCUGGUUGUAAGUUAUUCUUUGACUCCCCAGUUUUUUCCGUAUUUUUUACUAUUCAGAAAUUGUCUAAUAAAGUAAUGGCUGUGUUAUUCAACUUUUUUCCAAGAAUAGCUUAGUUAUGUACACACUACAAUUUGCUACACAUGUCUUAUGGUUUUACAUUUUAUACGUAUAAUCAUGUAAGUUUUUGAAUUUGAAUAUUAAAAUGUGUUCCAGUCAUUUAGAUGGUCUUCUCAAUAAUCUGAUUGGUGGAUUGGGAACGGGUGAGCUUUGUACGGGACUGUCGACCGUUAACAUAUGCCCCAACUAUGUUAGUGGACUUGAUGUUAUUCGCAUUUCUUGGCUGUGGCUGCCAGUGGUAUAAUUACUCAGCGGAUACAAAAACUUCAAUGAAAGCGUUAUUACAGCCAAACUGUACAAUAUAUUUUACAACCGAUGAUCCUAAAGGAAGAUAAUGAAAGCAGUCUGCCUAAAUCCGCAUCUAUGUACACCAAUCACCUCAACUGCUUCCUCAAAACUAGUUAUUAUUGUGACACAUCUGACCAAACUAGACCUUUCUAUUCAAAUAAAACUUAUGCAACCACACUGACUAGUUUGGUCAUCAUUGUGGCUUAUGAUUUUGUUUAACCUUUUGUUCAAAGAUUUCUAGUAUUUUGGAAAUUAUCUGUUAUCCCUCCUGUUGAAUUACACUUGUUACCUCGUUUUUCUUUACAUAACUUUGAAUGAUAUUCGUCUAGUUUUUCGUACAGAACUAUGAUUAAUAUACAACUUCUUAACGAUAAUUCAUAACUGUUUCACUGGUUUAUUUUUAUAACAACUCAUUUAUUAAGUAAUACAUUUGAAUAGUACAUCAAACCUGUUUAUCUUUCAUCUCCAAUGAAUUCCUUAAUUCGUUCUUAAUUAUUUUCAUAGAUACUUCUGAAUUUCUAAUACUUUUAACCAACUCACCAUCACUUGAUUAGUACCAAUGGAUUAGUGUUGAGCUGUGAGGAAAAGCUAAUUGAGAAAGAUAUUUCUUUUUUCCGUCCAUUGUUUUUUAGUGUUUAGACGGUAGUUUUGAUUAUACUAAAAUCCUACUACUUAGUGCGUAGAUGAUGAGUCAUACAUACCUCAGGGUUACUAUUCUCUGUAUCAUAUAUUAAUGGCUGAACUUUCUCAAAUCUUUUUCUCUACAGAAUACUAGAAGUCCGCAAUCGUCUUUAUGAAUUAUUAUGUCAUUGUAUUCCGCCCAACAUUAUCAUGAGAGGUCUGGUUGACAAUCUAUUAAAUUCAUGUGAUCGUAAUUUAAAACUGGAAUUGGUUCAACUGGGUGCGGAAUAUGAACAUCGAUUGAAUUUAGGCCAGAAACCGAUUUUUCAUUUGGAAGCCUUUGUAAUUGCAUUUAUGGCGAUCUACAAACGAUAUAUAGAAGAUGCUCUAGGCUCUGGGAUGGAAUGGUAGCAUUAACAUAAAACAAAUAUUAAAUUCUCAAGAUGUAUUAUGUAUAUUUAUUACGAGUUAUGUUGAUAAAUAAAAGUUUCUUUUGU